UGGUGCGUUCAAGACAACUGGGAAUUCAAAAAAAAAAACGUCAGUGAUCUUAAGGUCGGAAUGACCGAGUUCGAGAAGGAGGCCCGAGUUCCCAGCUUGGAAUUCCGAGUUGGAUGACCGUUUUCUCAGGCGGAGUUCGUUUUUCCGAGUUCCCAGUUGUCAUGAACGCACUGAAGUCGGAAGUCUGAGAUUUCCGGGUUGGCUGUUGUUUGAACACUGCAUCGUAAGAAAACUGGAAACGCGGGAAAAAAAACUAGGUCAAAACAUGAAGUCAGUGAUAUUCUGGUAGGAAAUUUGGAGCCCUAGAAAGAUGUCCGAGUUUCCGAUUUGGAAUUCCGAGUUGGAUGACGUUCAAAACGAUUCUCACAGUUGGAGCCAUUUUUUUCCGAGUUCCCAAUUAUCUUGAACCCACGGAAGUCGGAGGUUUCCGAGGUCUGAGUACCAGUUGUUUUGAACUGGGCAUAUCUGCUGCGAACUAGUCAUUGGGAAGGUCGUGCCAAACAUAAAUGUAGCUUGUACCACAUGACAAAAACGUGGGUCACUAAAACGUCUUAAAAUAUGAUGUGGUUACUUCAAGUAUGUGCCUUUUGGAUUCCGGGAUUAGAUUUUACAGUAGCACGAUAGCGUGCGCGUUCAGUUGAAUAAAAUCGGAAGAAUUAAGUAACAUUAGCUGACGUUACCUUCUAGCUAAAUUCACAGAAUAACUAGGUAAACAUGAGUCCUGCUACGGGACUUCCUGCUUCUUCGGGAUCCCCUGGAAGUAGCACACCUUUCUCCAUAACUGGACAUAUCCAGCAAGUCUAUAACCAUGUCAAAAUAGAGAAUUUGGUUGCAGGACUCAGUGGAGGAGUCGUGUCAACACUGGUGCUUCACCCUCUUGACCUAGUCAAAAUCAGGUUUGCAGUGAGUGAUGGACUGGACCUGAGACCUAAAUAUAAUGGCAUUAUUCAUUGUUUGAGAAAUGUGUGGCAGCAGGAGGGGGUCCGAGGACUCUACCAAGGAGUCACCCCCAACAUCUGGGGUGCAGGGGCAUCAUGGGGACUCUACUUCUUCUUUUACAAUGCCAUCAAGGAGUACACUAAGGAAGGGCGUCAGUCUGAACUGAGUGCCACAGAACACCUGCUGUCAGCCGCCCAAGCAGGUGUAUUGACUCUCACCCUAACCAACCCUAUCUGGGUGACUAAGACUCGCCUGGUGCUGCAGUAUAACGCUGAUCCCACGAGGAAACAGUAUAAAGGGAUGAUGGAUGCACUGGUGAAGAUCUACCGGCAUGAGGGGAUACCUGGACUGUACAGGGGGUAUGUUCCUGGUUUAUUUGGCACGUCACACGGGGCAUUGCAGUUCAUGGCCUAUGAGGAGUUGAAGAGAGACUACAACAAAUACAAGAAAAUGCCUUCAGAAGCAAAACUGAAUCCAUUGGAAUAUAUCACAAUGGCAGCUCUAUCCAAAAUAUUUGCUGUGGCUACCACAUACCCUUACCAGGUGGUGCGGGCUCGCCUGCAGGACCAGCAUAAUAAGUACAAUGGAGUCCUGGAUGUGGUCAGGAGGACAUGGAGGAAUGAGGGAGCUGUAGGGUUCUAUAAAGGCAUGGUGCCCAACCUGAUCCGUGUCACCCCAGCCUGCUGUAUCACCUUCGUGGUCUAUGAGAACGUGUCUCGCUUCCUGAUGGGCCAGAAGUGAGGAGGACUAAGGAGACAGCCAUGGAAAGACCACAAAAAGGAAGGGACUCAGCCAGUGUAUGUGGCGCUAGAUAAGAUAAGCCAUGAACUGAAGUCUCCAGAACUGUCACAGCAGGUAACUGGACAACUGAAGCAGACAUGUCACCUGGAUGCACCUCUGGCAGCCGAGUCAAAAAAUGAUGUUGACAAUGCUGAUAAUUAAAGACUGGUCUCUGUCUCUUCCUUGGAUGCAUCAGAGAAGAACAGACCUCACUGGAGGUACUAUACAGGAUGUGGGUGUGAAACAUCAAAGCAAAAUGAACCAUUUCAAUGCUGCUGGCUGUGAUGUGAGUACUGUGUGUGUGUGUGUUAAAAGAGCAUACCUGCUAUUUUCAGGGGACUAAUGUACGCCCAAUUUGUUUUUAUUUACUGUAUUGGUGUCAUACUGUAGUGCAUAUAAUUAUGUCAUAGGAAAUGAUCACAGAUGACUGAUUACACCGUUUCACAUCUUUGAAAUAAUGUUAAUUUCAGAAGUCUUAAUCUGAAAUAUCAGUGUUGAAUUGGCAUUAGUUCAUUUUCAGGUAAAAUGUUCUACUAAAGUUGAAUGCUUUAUGUUGCUUUUUCAUUUCAGAUCAUUUUACAUUUUGCUGUGCUGUGUUCACUUGUCAUUUCAAAACGAUAUGAACACAUUCAUUUUUUAUGAAUUCACCUGGUCAUGCAUAAACCAAUGUUCAACAAAAGUUCUCUGAUAGUAAAACAUUUGUUAGCUUUUUGUAGCUUCAGAUUACAUUUAACAGCUGUCCUGUGUUCACUUUUCACUUGGAAAAAGAUAUUAACACAUGCAUUUCUUUAUUAAUUUACCUGGUAAUGCAAAAACCAAUGUUCAAAUGAUGUUCUUCUCUGAUAGGAAAACAUUUGUUAGCUUUUUUUGCUUCAGAUAACAUUUUAAAGCUGUGUCGUGUUAACUUGUCACUUGAAAAAUAUAUCUACCCAUGCAUUUCUUUAUGAAUUCA